UGGGAUGUAUGGUUGCCUAGCAACUACUAGUUAAUUUGCAAUUUUCAAAACAUCAGGCCCACUACCCUGUUAGAGCUAGAGAAAAUUUCUCUCACCAGGCUGCCUUUGUGCAUGCACGCUUUUCGGUAUUUGAGAGUGAAGUAAAACUAAAAACCCUAAGAUUGCUGAUGUCACUUUUAAAGAUUGCUUUUGCAAGCUUUGCAAAAAUGAAAUGUAUUUGUUAAAUUAAAAUGCUUAACUGUUAAUGCAGUUCAAUGACAUGUAAUGUUAAAGGGCUCUCUAUCUUCUGCACAUUGAUGUUUCUUCACUUCAGGUUGGUUCACAGGUCCUGGAAGGGGGUUUUGGAAAGAGGCUGUGUGCUUGAAAUGAUCUAAUUAAAUAACUCCAGCAGAACUUGCUAAAAUCACUUACAGUGCCUUUAAUUAUGGGACAUCACUCAUACUAGCGCUUCCUUGUAAGCAAUGCCUUGUGAUGAGUUUAAAAGUUUGGAAUAAUUAUGUCUUUUUUAUGUUGUUAAAUGAAGUCUCAAUGUUCACCAAGGCUGCAUGAUGGAGGGGUGGAUGGGUGGAUAGUAAAUGGAUGGGUGAUGGAUGGAUGGAUGGAUGGAUGCAUGGAUGCAUGGAUGGAUGGAUGGAUGGAUAGUAGAUAGAUAGUAGAUGGAUGGAUAGUGAGUGAAUGGGUAGAUGGAUGGAUGGAUAGUAGAUGGAUGUAGGGAUAGAUGGUGGAUGGAUGGAUGGAUAGAUGAUGGAUGGAUGGAUGGUAGAUAGGUGGUAGGUGGAUGGUAGAUGGAUGGAUAGAUAGUGGAUGGAUGGAUGGAUGGUAGAUAGGUGGUAGGUGGAUGGAUAGAUGGAUGAUAGAUAGAUAGUGGAUGGAUGGAUGGAUGGUAGGUAGGUGGUAGGUGGAUGGGUAGAUGGAUGAUAGAUAGUGGAUGGAUGGAUGGUAGAUAGGUGGUAGGUGGAUGGAUAGAUGGAUGAUAGAUAGAUAGUGGAUGGAUGGAUGGUAGAUAGGUGGAUGGUGGAUGGAUAGAUGGAUGAUAGAUAGAUAGUGGAUGGAUGGAUGGUAGAUAGGUGGAUGGUGGAUGGAUAGAUGGAUGAUAGAUAGAUAGUGGAUGGAUGGAUGGUAGAUAGGUGGAUGGUGGAUAGGUAAUAGGUGGAUGGGUAGAUGGAUGGAUGAUGGAUGGAUGGAUGGUAGAUAGGUGGUAGGUGGAUGGAUAGAUGGAUGGAUGGAUGGAUGGAUGGAUGGUAGAUAGGUGGUAGGUGGAUGGAUAGAUGGAUGGAUGGGUAGUAGAUGGUUGAAUGGUAGAUAGAUGUAUAGGUGGAUGGUGCGUUAACUAAUGUUAACAAACACAAUUUGUGGUCUUCAUAAUGCGUUAGUAAAUGCUGAAAUUAACAUGACUUAAAAUUAAUAAAUGCUGUAGAAGUAUUGUUCAUUCUUAGUCCAUGUUAAUUCAUGUAGUUAACUGUUAACUAAUGAACCUUUUUGUAAAGUGUCACUGUUUAGUUUAACUGUUCUGUAACAACUAAAACUAAAACUGAAAAUAAACUGAAAUAAGAAUAAAUAAAAACAUAUAUAGACAAAACUACAAUAAAUAACAAAAACAAAAUAAAAUGCAAAAACUUAAAAUUGAAAAUGGAAAAAAAAUGCAUGUUAAAAAUAAAAAUUACAACAAUACAUCAGUGAUACUAAUAACACUGCAUUAUGCAUGAUUACAGCCUUGUUGUUUAACAGUAACGAAUAAACAGUAUAGUUUUGUACAAAUAAAUAAAUAAAAUUGUUUACAUAUAUUCAUCUUCUUUGUUGCAGCAUAUGUUCAAGGUUAUUUAUCAAACGUAUAGCACGCCUGUUCUCAACAUUCUGCAUGAAGCGCUGAAGUUCAGUAUUCAGCGUUUAUUCAAACCCUUAAGUCUGAGCACUAAUUACCCGGACACUUCGCAAGUAGCGCUGAUCAUGAAAAUGUCUUCAUAUAAUGUCAACACGAGUCCGUGAGCUCAGCGAUAGAGCUGCACUCGUGUUGAAUGGCUGAGUCGGUUGCUAUAGAGACGCCUAACACAGCGCAGCUGUCAGUCACUAUUGAGUUUGAACCCCACAAGGACAUUUAUCACUGAUUUCUGCGCCGAGGAUAAAUGUACUGUACGCGCGCGCACGAGCUGCUGUUUAUCACGCGCGAGCUUCACAAACCAGCGCUCGGAGUCUGUGAAGCGCUCACAGACAACCUGCAGCAUCUGGAGGAUCCUGCCAAGAAAAGAGCAUUUCCAUAUGGAGCAGAAGACAGGACUUGUCAAGUGGCUGGAGAACAGUCCCUAUGAGUCUGGCUUUCUGAGUGAUCAGUCCUCCAUGGAAAUCCCACCGGUCUUCAGAGAAAAUAAGCGGAUAGAUCACAGUGAUGCGUAUGAGAGCUCAGAGCACUGGCUGGAGUCGAGCGGUCUGGAGAGCUGUGGACUGUCUCUCUCUCACCUCCUGUCACUCUGCACCACUGCUCCUUUAUCUGAGAGAGGAGACGGGAUGAGCAAACAGAUGCACAUCAGCAGUGAGUCACUGGCUGAUUUUGAGGAACAGCUUUACACUGCCAUCGAGAUGUACCAUGAUCAAAUUAAAUGGCUCAGUCAAGGAAACAGGAAGGUGUUUGGGGUGGUGAACGGAUCCCGCGUCGGAGUGCUUGUUGACACAUCAGAUUUUAACUGCUCUGCAGGGAGACUACCAGAUCUACAGCGAGAGCUCUUAACACUCAUUGAUGAGCAACUGCGCUUCAAAAAACAGCUGCAUCUGCUGUCCUACGGCUCAGAAGUCAGCAGCCUUUGGGAUAAACCACUAGAUACCCAUCCACUAAGGCUCAGGGAGUGCUAUGCGUGGGUCAUGCAGCUCCGGGCGGGUGGAGGCUGUGAUCUCCUGCAGGCGCUACAGAGGGCACUGACCCACUCAGAGCUGGACACGCUACUCAUCAUCCUGGGCUCUCGCCCUGAUCAGUCAGUAGACGUUAUAUGUGAUUUUAUAGCUCAAAACCGACUACCCUCUGUUCAUGCGGUCGCCUACAACUCCAACAGUCCGGCUGCCAUUGAGACUGUGAAGCAAAUGGCAGCAGUUUCCGGAGGGAGAUAUCACCUGUUUUCAGCUUCACUGGGUGUAGUAGACAGCAGUACAGAUGUAGAUCUGCUGUGGGUGGAGAUUAAAGCAGCUCGGAAUGUUCUUACCCAAAUUCAGAACAUGCGUCAGGGUCGACUGGGAGACGCAGCUGUCACUGUUGAGUCAGAGAUCUCCACAGGUUUGGACAGUCUGAAUCUUUCUGACUUCAGUCCUGUAAGUUCUGCUCUCAGUGCUCCAUUGUGCAUCCAACCCACAGGCCCAAUACCCACCACCUCCAGUGAAUGGCUGAAAACCCACGGCCUGAAGGCUCAGAAGCUGGAUCUGUAUCAGCUGCUGGCUCGUAAUGCCUAUUCCCCACAAGAGACGUUUGUGCCAAUCUUGGGAAAGACUGUUUCCUCUACAGUUCACGAGCGGGUCAUGGUACAGUUUGAGUGGCAUGAUGGAACAGUGAAGAAUUUGCAUGUCGAUCUUCCAUCAUUGCAAAAGUACCAGAAGCGACUCAUGGGUGCUGUGCGUCUGUUUGAAAGGAGAAUACAGUGGCUGAACAGGACGGGCAGCCGGCAGAUAUGGGGAACCGUAUGUGAGCAAAGGGUGCAGGUUCUUCUGGACAUGUCUGGGAUGAACGCCCACUACCAGCUCCAUCUCCAACACGCCCUCCAAAUACUACUGCAGGAGCAGCUGGCCAACAAACACAGCUUCAAUGUCAUUGCUUUUGGAUCAGAUGUCAAGUCAUGGCAGGAGAAGAUGGUUCCCUCCACCCAUGAAAACCUUCAAGCUGUUUGGCAGUGGAUUCAGGCAGUUGAGUGUGUCGGGGGUCGUAAUACUCUGGCUGCUCUUCAGCGCGCUCUAGAGGAGGAAGCGCAGGACGAAUUGUCCUUGACUCGAGGCGUGUACCUCCUCACCACCGGCAUGCCAGAUCAACAUAUGGUUUCUGUCACUGCUUAUGUGUCUGAGUGCUGCAGAGCAACAAACCUGAACCUCCAUGUGUGCCUGUUCACCGGAGAGGAGGACACUGUCCGCUGCCCUCCGCCCCGUUACGCCACCCGGACUGAAACCGCCCGGGCUUUGAGCGGCCUGGCACAUGCAAGCAAUGGACGCUUCCUUUGGAUGACUGAGACUGGCAUCGUGGAGAGUGAUGACAUCAGUGCUCUAAUUGGAGAAAUGGAGACUGCCGUUAAUUAUUUUCAGAAGUGUUCUGAAUUAGUGGACUCUCUGAUCCAGAAAGGCUCUGACAGGGGUUCAGGAGAAACAAGUAACCCAUCCAUCAAACCCCAGGCCUGGACCCGCAAAGCAAAACUGCCGUCUCCUCGCCCCACAACACUCAGCCUUGCUAGACUGGAAAGCAGGCAGAUGAGCAGAUUGGCACAGAACAGCUUGGCUUGGAGGCCGAACAGCUCUAAAGCAGAUAUCCCACCAGUCCAAUCAGCCGAUAUCAGCACACCAGCAAGGCCAUCGACGUCUGCAGAUAAAAGAAAAACCAACAUGUCUCAGUCUGUCUUCUUCAUGGAAGAUGGAAACUUGGGUGUUGUCUUCAAGAAAUAUCCAAAACCAAAGAGUGUGCGCAAGUCUAUCACCACUAUUAAACUACCAAAACAUGAGGACAUCUGUUCAACUAAACAGUGGCUGAAAAGGUUUGGUAUCAAGAAUCUGAAGUUGGACCUUCACAAGCUGAUAUCUGGACCUGAAUGCUGCCAUCAGAGCAAACUGGUGCCGUCCGUCCAAAAGAGAGUGUCUGCUAAAUACUGCGCCAUAUUCCCUAGUGUCCAAAUCAAUGGGACUGUGAAACACUUGCAUCUGACUUCUGGUGAGUUAAAGCAGUACCUCAAUCAGACUGAGAAACUGAUGCAGCGCUACAGCCAAAGACUGGAGUGGUUACUAACAGGCAGCAGGCGUAUGUUUGGGUCGGUGCUGGAGAAGACGGUCUGUGUUCUGCUGGAUGUGUCUGGAUCUAUGGCUCCCUGCCUCCCUGAGCUCCAGAAGGAGCUGACUUUACUGAUCUGGGAUCAGCUGCACGCCAACAGCGUGAGGUUUAAUAUGGUGGCGUUCUCUGGAGAGGUGCGGAUGUGGCAGCCGACGUUGGUCCAGCCCACAGAGGAGCUGUGUGUGGAGGCAGUGCAGUGGUUGAAUCAGCUCAGCACACAUGGAGCUUCCUCCACACUGCAAGCACUGCAGACGGGCAGUGGUUUUGGAGAUGCGGCGGGUCUGUAUCUGAUCACAGAUGGGAGAUGUGACUCCAGUCACAGUCUGAUACUGACAGAGAUCGAGACACUGAGACAAGAGAAGGACUUCACCGUCCACACCAUUGCAGUCAGCUGCCAUGACAGAGCAGGCAGUGAGUUUCUGAAGAGUCUGGCCCAUAAAACAAAAGGACGAUUCCAUCAGGCUCCUGAAAACACGGAUACAGCUCUUAUUAGAAAACUCCUGUCAGACCCGUGCGGUGCAGAUCCAGUGUUUCCAAAAUUUGAGGGGGACGAUCUAAGGAAACUAUCAGAAGAGAUGGAGAAGUUGAGAUUGUUCCAGAAACAAGCUAAAGCUUUCAGGGAAAAUAUUUUGGAGUCGAGGUUAGCCAGGGGGGGAAUAUAAACAUUGAUCUCCACACUUGUUCAAAUCAUGACAGCUUUUUUUUCUUUAUUUUUCUUUUCUUUCUUUCUUUUUUUUUUUUUUUUGUGACAAUUUUUUUUUAUUAAAUAAAUAUAGUUCAAAUCAUGGUUAAAAGAAAAAAAAUACUUUGUUUAAACCUUGACAUUUUAU